CUCAAACCAGUCUGGCUCCAGGGCGGGGGGGAGCGCCUGCCCUUGCUUCCCUCCCCGGCCCACAUGGCGACCAGUGGCCCGCAGCCCCUUCUGCAGCUCGGCCGCGGCCCUGGGGAGCCAUGCCGGCCGCGCCGGCCCAGGGCCCGCAGCCGCGGGGGCGCCUGCCGAGCCCCCGGGGCCGCCCAGACGGGGUCGGGCCCCUCGGGGAGGGCGGGGGCGGCGGCGCGGAGCUCCCAGGGGCUGCUCCCCUCUCGGCGGGCUCCUCGCCGCAGUCCGGGGACGAGGGCCUGCGGCGCGACGAGCGGCGCAGCAGGACGGAGCAGUACCACUUCGUCGACGACGAUGCCCCGGGCAAGGGCAUCAGCGGCAGGACCCUGAGCGAUCCAGCGCAGGAUCAGCCAGUAGUACGAGCGUUGAGCUGCCAGUCCUCCUGGACCGGCUACUCGAGUUCCUCGGGCGCGCGCUGGCAGAGGGAGCACAACAACGAAUGGCGGCCGUACAGCGACGGCGUGCACAGCAAGAUCGAGGCAGCCUUCCUGGCUGGGGAGUCGAAGGUGCGCCUCAAGCUUCAACGUCCCAAGGGCGACGAGCUGAAGGAGAACCACCCCUACCCGAUGGUGGAGGUCUUCUUCGAGGAUAUGGUCCAGUACGACCCUUGGAAUAACUGCAGGCACCGCGUGCGGCGAGUCGGGCCCGCGGGGCUGCUGUUCCACGCCCGCUGGGCCCUGGGGAGGCUGAGGCACCUGGCGGACACGGGGCGCUGGCGGCUCGAGACGCAGGGGGAGUACGAGGAGCGCCGGGAUCGUGUGGCGUCGGGCGUGCUUGCUCUCCUGGAGAAGAAGGAGGAGGACGUCCACACCUUCUGGGUACGGCACCACGCGCGGCGGCUGAGCGGCUCUCGCUCCUGCCGGAGCUUCAGCAGCGGGUCGUUGAGCAUGGAGAACGGGUGGGCCAGGGUCGCCGGGGCUCCCUGGUUCUUCAUGCUGUCCAUGCUGUUUGUCGUGCUGAAUGCUGUGUGGAUAUGGGUCGAGACAGACAUGAACGACGGCGCCAGCUUCAUCCAGGCAGAGUUUCGAGUUCAGGUGGUUGAGGUCGCGUUCUGCGCAUACUUCAGCAUUGAAUGGUUCAUCCGGUGGAAGUCAUAUGACCUCACGGCGCAAGCAUUGAGCGACAGAUGGUUCUUGUUUGAUGCAAUCUUGGUUUUUUUCAUGAUUAUCGAGAUUGUUGUGGUACCAGCGAGCGUGGCGAUUGCUCAUUCAGACACCAGCAACGCAGGAGGCACCGACAUAGGGGUAUUUCGAACGCUGAGGUUGUUGAGGCUCUCUCGAGUGGCACGGCUGCUACGGGUGAUACCAGAAUUGAUGAUGCUCAUCAGAGGCAUCAAAGCUUCGCUGCGGACCGUGUCAUUCACAGUGAUAUUAUUGAGCGGGUUGCUUUUCAUAUUCGCUGUAUUUUUCAAGACCCAGGUAAGAGACCACCCUUUGGAAGAAGAGAAAUUUUCAACUGUUUUCAACUCAAUGCUGACGUUGUUGAUGUAUGGAACAUUGCUGGACAGCCCGAUGGAAUUUUAUUUAGAGAUCACGGACGAGUGGCCAGAACUCGUAAUCGCUUACUUGGUAUUCAUAUGUCUGAGCAGUUUUACUUUACUGAAUAUGCUCAUUGGCAUGUUGUGCGAUGUCGUCCAGAAGGUGGCUGACCAGGACCAGUCUGAUAUCGAGGUCAGAUUCCUGACAGAUAACUUGCUGAAUAUUCUGCAGGACUUCGAUACAAGUGGGGAUCGCCACAUUAGCCGCGACGAGUUCAAUGUCCUCAUGCAUAGCCCUGAUACUCACGAUGUGUUGACGAAGUUUGGCACGGACCCAGAGAGCUUCAUAUUGCUGGCCGACCAGAUAUAUGAGUGCGACGCGGACGGACUCUUGAGCUUCAAGGAAUUCUUCGACACGGUGAUGAGGCUCCGCGGCGGCAACAGCGCCAGGGUCAAAGACAUGGUGGAGCUUCGGCUCUUCGUCGGGAAGCAGUUCGAAGCACUGGGCAAGCAGGUCGGCGAGAUGAGCAACCGCGAGAGCAAAAAAGGGAUUGGCCCUGGCCACCCCUCGAACAGGCCCGCGGGCUCGCGCGGAGGCCGGAAGGCAGCUGGCCGGCGGGGCGCCCUCGAAGAGUCGGACGGCGCGUCGGCGGAGUCCUGGUCCUCCGCCUCGAGGUCGAGCUGUAGCGAGGCUGGCGAGGCCCGCGCCGCGUUGCACAGGAGCUGGCGCCUCUUGUCGAGGACGAGGAAUGCCGACCCGCGGAAGGACGAGGCGAGGUUCUCCGAGCUGCGGAGGAGCGCCGACCAGCGGAGCGAGGUGCGGAGGUUCACCCUGCCUUCCCCACGCAGCGGGCCGAGCGCGGCGGCCCCUUUUGACGACGGCACGGCCAGGAGGCUGGACGAGCUCCUGGCCGGCGUGCGGGCCCUUCAGGAGGGGCAGCGGGCCCUGCAGCAGGGGCAGCGGGCCCUGCAGGAGGGGCAGGAGGCCCUGCAGCCCCGGACUGCUCGCUGGCCGACUAUGCCGACCCUUCCCCGAGCGGGGCGGGCCGCUCGCCGCCAGCGCCAGCCGACCGCCGCUCGCCGCCAGCCGCCCCGGCAGCGGACCCCGCGGCGCUGCAGUACGCCAUGUGCUCGGAUGGCGGGCGCAGCGGGUGACCCCCUGCUCAGCCCGUCUGCGCGCAGCGCGGCUGCACUGUGCGCGCCUGGCGUCGCGUCGUCGUGCCGACAGGAGCUCCAGCCACAGCUGGGCCGCAGCCCCCGUGCAGCCGCGGCGCCCCCCCCCCAGCGGCGGACCCCGCGGUGCCCGAGUAUGUCACCUGCUCGGGCCGCGUACGUAGCGGAUGACCUUCUCCUCGCCGCCCGCCCAGACUUCCGCGGACGAAGGGCAGUGUAGAGACGCUUUGUCCUCUGGGGACGCUUGUCCUGUGGCGCACGGUAGCAGCAGCAGCAGCCGUGCGUGCCCAGUGAUGGCCCGAAAACGGCAAGUCAUUCUCGAGGUCCUUGUAAGUGUGGCCUCAGCUAGCAGCCAGCACUGGCGCAGUGUACCGCGCACAGCGCGGUGAACAAUCACAUUCAUCCCCCUUAACCGUCUUGACUUUUUUCGGGCGAAGGUCGGUUUAGAGACUUUUUCGCCAGGGAUGCCUGUCCUAUGGCAGAACGUAGCAACAGCAUCCGUGCCCAGUGAUGGCCCGACGACGGUAAGUCAUUGUCGAGGUCCCUUCAAGUGUGGCCUCAGCUAGCACUGGCGCAGUGUACCGCGCACAGUGCGGUGAGGCGUCACCUUCAUCUUCCUUCUCUGUGACCUCCUUUCGAGCGCCCUUGUCCCGCCAGCGUACCUGUGUUGGGCGCGCCAGUUUGGCGAGAAAGACGGCAUGCCCGCGGCGCCCGAGUCUGGGGCUACCGUGGACUCUUGCCUCCCGUGCGUCGACCAAGCGGCCGGGACAGCAGUGGACGCGUUUGUGCCUCCUGUCGUAUGCUCGACCCGGUGGGAGCACACCUAUGUCCUCUCGAGGGGCUGUAAAAGGCACGACAGUGAGACAAUAUAGUUCCACUCGUAAGAAAGUCAGCUGGCUGUAGGUAGAAGGCUACUGUGCAAGCAAGCAUAGACAAGUAUCUGCUGGCUGUGUGUAGCGCGCGACGGUGCAGGGUGAAAUCAGGUGUGGCAUGGGG